UGGCACCGGUUCCCACUAGACCCAACCCUUUCGGCUCCGGUUUUCUCGAUUACAAUCAACAAAGUCCCGGGUUCAUGAAUCUUUUGAACCAACCGCUAUCAUGGGACCCUAAUCUCUACGGGUGGAACCCAAGUCAAAACACGGAUGGGAUGGGGUCGUCUCAAGCGUUUGGGUCGGCUCAAGCUUUCGGCUCCCCACUACACGAACCCGAUGUUGUUCCGGAGACGCAACCCGAGGUACCGGAUACGCAACCGGAGACGCAAAAAGGAAAAGGAAAAGCAAAACGGGCACAUAAAAAGAAAGUGGAAACCAACACCCGAGUGAAAAAAAUGUGAUAACGUGGGAGCCCGAAGAGGAGUAUGCGUUAACCCGCGCUUUCAUCGAUGUUUCGGAGGACCCGGUCAUAGCAAACAAUCAAAGUAAAACCGUAUUUUGGAACCGAAUACGAGAACUCUUUUUCGAGCUCAUGGGUAGAGGAGAGGAAUACCGCCUACCGGACUCUAUAUCGGGGAAGUGGACCGAUAUAAACAAGAAGUGCACAAACUUUCAAACCGUGUACCAACGCUUGUAUUCCGGAUGGAAAAGUGGAAGUAGCGAUGAAGACAUUACGCAAGAGGCAUUGGUCGAGUAUACGAACGCUAAUGGCCAUUUCCCGUACAUGAAGUGUUGGCAAAUCCUUCACCAUAGCCCCAAAUGGGCCGUCGUAUCUACUCCAAGUGGUCGUUCGGGAAAUACACGGCCAUCAAAGAGGUCCAAAACAAACGAGUCGGGUGAACCCGAAACGCCAACCUCCGACGCUCGAAACAUCGGCUUGAACGAGGAAAUUCCGGAUGACGAGCCGGUGGAGGAGCUACCAAGACCGCCCGGAAGAAAAAGCCGGGCGAAAAAACCCGAGUCGUCGUCGAUGUCUAUGGGAACGGAUAUGAGUCACGCAUUUUCGUAGAUAAACAAGCGGCUUCAAGACAUACACGAACUCGGUAACAAACGUUUGGAGGAGAACGAAAAAGUUACGGAGAUUAUGCGGGAUCGACAAUGGGCUCACGACUUUGACUUCUACUCCAAACCGCAUGACCACUUAACGGGAAAAGCUUUGAAAAUGGCGUUGGCACAAAAGGAGCGGAUUGAAAAAAAAUAUAAUCUUUGAUUGUGUAAUUUUUUUUUAUGCUAGUUUAAUGUUUUUUUUUCUAGUU